AUGGCCGAGAGCGGCGCUCGGGGUCGGGACGCUAUGAGUGAGUCUGGAAGCUUUGCAGCAUCACGUUCUAGACGUGAGAGGAAGAACAGAAGAGGCCAGCAAGAAGCACUUGAACGUCUGAAAAAAGCCAAAGCUGGGGAAAAAUUAAAAUAUGAGGUUGAGGAGUUCACGGGUGUUUAUGAUGAAAUAGAUGAGGAUGAAUACUCCAAGAUGGUCAGAGACCGUCAGGAUGAUGACUGGAUUGUUGAUGAUGAUGGGAUAGGUUAUGUAGAAGAUGGAAGGGAAAUCUUUGAUGAAGAUCUGGAUGAUGAUGCUCUUUGUUCCAAUAAGAAAGGAAAAAGUAGCAAAACAUCUACAAUUGAUAAAAAGAAUGUGAAAAAAUCUGUGGUGUCCAAGCCAAACACAAUUAAGUCUAUGUUUAUGGCCAGUGCUGGGAAGAAAAACACAGAUAAAACUGUGGACCUGUCCAAGGAUGAUUUACUUGGGGAUAUUCUUCAAGAUAUUAGUGCUGAAACAGUUCAGCUAAGUCCACCACCAAUUAUAAUGCUGAAAAGGAAAAGAUCUGCUGGAGUACCACUCAAUCCUUUCUCUGUGCAGUCCAAAACUUCUAAGGUAAUCACGCCUGUAUCAAAGAAAGCUCCUGUUCAUGUCAGAAAGGAAACUCUUCCUCCAGCCUCAUUUCAUCGUAAACAUCCCAAUUAUACAACAAAAUCCAUCAGCAUCUCUGAAAAUGAGGACACCAAGCACGUGCAAAAACCUGUAGAAAAUGAGGGAAUAGUGAAGGCAUUGGGAGAGAAAGCUACUAAAGUUCUACCUGCAGCACUUGCAGAUGAUGAUCAGGGAAUGAUGCAUUUUGAUGAGGAGGACUUUGACGAACCUAUGGAAGCAGAGCAUGUGGAAACUCUACCUGAGACAGCUGAAAGCUUGAAAAGAAACAAUGAAAUUGAGAAGAAAGAGACAGAGCAGCUGGGAUCAGAGAAGAAAGAGACAUCUAUCUUAAGUUCUCUCCCAAGUCUCUCGUGUUGGGACAGAAUUGAUGAGGAUGAAGUUGAUCUAGUAGCAGCAGAAGUUCAGCUGGACCCCAAUCUCCUUCCACUUGUGAAUGGGGAAAGUGAUGAUCAAGUCUUAAGAUUUUUUUGGCUGGAUGCUUAUGAAGAUCAGUUCAGUCAGCCAGGUGUGGUAUUUCUGUUUGGCAAAGUUUGGAUUGAAUCUGCAACCACCUAUGUCAGCUGUUGUGUGACAGUGAAAAAUAUUGAGAGAACUGUUUAUCUGCUGCCACGUGAAACAGAAAUUGACCUUUCUACUGGUAAAGAGAUGGAGACUCCAGUAACUAUAAUGAGUGUAUUCAAGGAAUUUAAUGACAGCAUUUCACCAAAGUACAAGAUCAUGAAGUUCAAAUCGAAGAAAGUGGAAAAGUACUAUGCUUUUGAGAUUCCGGAUGUACCAGCAAAAUCUGAAUACCUAGAAGUUAAAUAUUCGGCUGAAUGCCCUCGGCUUCCCCAAGAUCUGAAGGGACAAACAUUCUCACAUGUCUUUGGAACCAACACCUCUAGCCUGGAACUUCUCUUGAUGAAUCAGAAGAUCAAAGGACCCUGCUGGCUGGAAAUAAAAAAUCCACAGCCUUCAAAUCAGCCGGUCAGCUGGUGUAAAGUGGAGGCUGUGGCCAUGAAGCCUGCCUUAGUGAAUGUGGUUAAAGAUCUUUCUCCUCCUCCUCCUCCUCUGGUGGUCAUGUCCUUCAGCAUGAAGACCAUUCAGAACCCAAAGACUCACCAGAAUGAAGUUGUGGCUCUUGCAGCUCUGGUUCAUCAGAAAUUUCCUUUGGAUAAGGCUCCACCUCAGCCUCCUUUUCAAACACACUUCUGUGCUGUUUCCAAACCGAGUGAUUGCAUUUUUCCUUAUGACUUCAAAGAAGCUGUUAAAAAGAAGAAUGCUAAAAUAGAAAUUGCUGCAACAGAGAGAACACUGCUGGGAUUUUUCCUUGCGAAGAUUCACAAAAUUGACCCAGAUGUUGUUGUGGGUCAUAAUAUUUAUGGGUUUGAUCUGGAAGUGCUGCUUCAAAGAAUUAAUUUGUGCAAAGUCCCUCACUGGUCCAAGAUAGGUCGACUGAGGAGGUCUAAUAUGCCAAAGCUUGGGGGCCGAGGAGGGUUUGCUGAAAGGAAUGCUGCCUGCGGUCGAAUGAUCUGUGACGUAGAAAUUUCUGCUAAAGAACUAAUUCGCUGCAAAAGUUACCAUUUGUCUGAACUGGUCCAUCAGAUUUUGAAAACAGAGAAGGUAACAAUUCUGCCAGAGGAAAUUCGAAAUAUGUACAGUGAUUCUCCUCGCUUACUGUUCAUGCUGGAAAACACCUGGAUAGAUGCCAAGUUCAUUCUCCAGAUCAUGUGUGAGCUGAAUGUUCUGCCACUGGCUCUUCAGAUAACAAACAUCUCUGGGAAUAUCAUGUCGAGGACAAUGAUGGGCGGCCGAUCUGAACGUAACGAGUUCCUGCUGCUUCAUGCCUUUCAUGAGAAGGAUUACAUUGUGCCUGACAAGCAAGUUUUCAAAAAGCCUCCACAGAAGCCGGUGGAUGAAGACGAAGAUUUUGAAGAUCAGAAUAAAUCAAAGAUAGGGAAAAAGAAAGCAGCAUAUGCUGGGGGCUUAGUCUUGGAUCCCAAAGUCGGUUUUUAUGACAAGUUUAUUUUGCUUCUCGACUUCAACAGCUUGUACCCAUCGAUUAUUCAGGAGUUCAACAUUUGCUUUACCACAGUGCAGCGACUGUCGUCAGAAGCACAGAAAAGGGCAGAGGUUGAAGAAGAGGAAGAAAUUCCGGAGCUUCCAGACCCAUCUCUGGAAAUGGGAAUUUUACCUAAAGAAAUCAGGAAACUGGUGGAGAGAAGACGCCAAGUUAAGCAGUUAAUGAAACAGCCAGAUUUAAAUCCUGACCUCUAUUUACAGUAUGAUAUCAGACAGAAAGCUUUGAAACUCACUGCUAACAGCAUGUAUGGCUGCCUGGGAUUUUCCUACAGCAGAUUCUAUGCCAAGCCUUUGGCUGCUUUGGUGACACAUAAAGGGAGAGAGAUUUUGAUGCAUACCAAGGAGAUGGUGCAGAAGAUGAACCUUGAAGUGAUUUAUGGAGACACAGAUUCCAUUAUGAUAAACACUAAUAGCACCAGUUUGGAUGAGGUCUUCAAGCUGGGGAAUAAGAUUAAAAGUGAAGUGAACAAGCUGUACAAAUUGUUGGAAAUUGAUAUUGAUGGAAUUUUUAAGUCCUUGCUAUUGUUAAAGAAGAAGAAAUACGCUGCUCUGACUGUGGAACCAGCAGGAGAUGGGAAAUACGUAACUAAACAAGAACUGAAAGGGCUGGAUAUCGUCCGGAGAGACUGGUGUGAUCUUGCUAAAGAGACUGGAAACUAUGUAAUUGGUCAGAUUCUUUCUGAUCAGCCCCGAGACAUAAUUGUGGAAAAUAUUCAAAAGCAACUUGUAGAAAUUGGAGAAAAUGUGGUCAGUGGUCAGAUCCCAGCAAAUCAGUUUGAAAUAAACAAGGCAUUGACAAAAGAUCCCCAGGAUUAUCCUGACAAAAAAACAUUGCCACAUGUGCAUGUUGCCAUGUGGAUAAACUCUCAUGGAGGCCGAAAGGUGAAGGCAGGAGACACAGUGUCAUAUAUCAUUUGUCAGGAUGGAUCAGAUCUCAGUGCCAGCCAGCGAGCUUAUGCUCCGGAACAAUUAAAAAAGCAAGAAAAUCUUAAAAUUGAUACUCAGUACUACCUGUCACAGCAAAUACAUCCAGUAGUUGCUAGAAUAUGUGAGCCCAUAGAGGGAAUUGAUUCUGUUCUUAUUGCAACAUGGUUAGGACUGGAUCCCUCCCAAUUCAGAGUCCAUCACCAUUACCAUAAAGAUGAGAAUGAUGCCUUGGUUGGUGGCCCAGCUCAGCUCACUGAUGAGGAGAAAUACAGGGAUUGUGAAAGAUUCAAGUUUUGCUGCCUCAAAUGCGGAACAGAAAAUAUUUAUGACAAUGUCUUUGAUGGUUCGGGGCGAUUUAUUGAACCCAGCUUGCAAAGGUGCAGCAAGACAGAAUGUGAAGAGCCUCCCUUCAACUAUGUGGUUCAAAUGGACAACAAGUUACUCUUGGAUAUUAGACGCUACCUCAGAAAAUACUACACUGGUUGGUUAAUAUGUGAGGAGCCAACUUGCCAGAAUCGAACCCGUCGGCUUCCGCUGAGUUUCUCCCGGAGUGGCCCCGUGUGCCAGGCCUGCAGGAAGGCUGUUCUGAGACCAGAGUAUUCUGAUAAGGCCCUGUACACUCAGCUCUGCUUCUACCGAUACAUUUUUGAUGUGGACUACGCAAUGGAUAAAGUGGUUACUGAGGAAGAAAAAGAGUAUUUGAGGAAGAAGCCACUCAGGAGGGAAGUCUCUGAGGCCUACAAAAGACUGAAGAGCACUGUAGACAAAUGCCUGUCCAUGAGUGCCUACUCAGAAGUGAACCUUGGCAAACUCUUCACCAUCAGUAUAGGAAGAUCUGUGGGAGAGUCCAGUAAUGAAAGACAGUGAUUGAUUAAAAAUGGAGGAAGGCUAGUGCC